AUGGGGGCCGCCAUUAUGGAGCGGGAACGGGGCCCACCCCCGGAGAGGACCCUGUGGCGGCGGGAGACGGGAUGGGGCGCAACGGGAGGUCACGGAGGGUAUGCCGCCUACCGCACCCCCCGCUGGCCCCAAUUCCGCACCCAAUACGUGCGUCGCCGGAGCCAACUGUUGAGGGAACAGGCCCAGGGGGGGGCCAUGGAGGGGGCCACUCGUCGCUGGUACCUGCGGCUCCGCGCCCGGCUGCUGGCCCAGCGCUACGGAGCCCUCUCGGAGCAGAGCAGCGGCCGGGCCCACAGCAGCAGCGCCCUCCGGGCCAGCAGGACCACCCUGGAUCGCAUGGAGGUAGGGGUUUGGACCCCCCCCGGACCCAUUUGGGGCCCUCUCGGAGCAGAGCAGCGGCCGGGCCCACAGCAGCAGCGCCCUCCGGGCCAGCAGGACCACCCUGGAUCGCAUGGAGUGCCCAGGGUGCAGUUUGCUCACGACGAGCGUCACUUGCUGGCCUGCUGCUCCCUGGACGGCACCAUCUCGGUGUGUCGCCUGGCGCCGGGCCCCCCCCGUGUGCUGCGGGUGCUGCGGGGGCACGGGGGGGGCGUGCGGGAUCUCUGCUGGUCCCUGGCCAACGACCUGCUGGUCUCGGCCUCCCUGGACGGCACCUUGAGGCUCUGGGACCCCGGCGACGGGCGCUGCAUCCGCAGAGUGCCCGACCCCGACGGCUCCCCCCUGCUCUGCUGCGCCUUCCAGCCCCUCAACAACAACCUCACCGUGGUCA